UGGUCGAGAAAAAUAUAAGAAGAAGAAGAGUUGAAAAUCAUAUGACUUGUCGAUCGAUAGAGAAAAAAGGUUGAAUUUUCACCGUCGCUCCGUAUCGAACUGCACGCCCUUCGCCACACAAUUCGCGCAACUUUCGGUCGAGCGAGAGCAGUCCCAUAGAAAGGAAUCCAGCGCAAUUCGCCACCUCUUCAACUUCCAGCCAGCUCCUCUGCGUGUGUGUGUGCGUGUGUCAUCAAGAUGAACAGCUCGGGCUUUAUGUUUAACAUCGAUAAUGGAUAUCUGGAGGGUCUGUGCCGUGGCUUCAAGUGCGGCAUCCUGAAGCAGGCUGACUAUCUCAACCUGGUGCAGUGCGAGACCUUGGAGGAUCUCAAGCUGCAUCUGCAGGGAACUGACUAUGGCAGCUUCCUGGCCAACGAGCCCUCGCCCUUGUCGGUGUCCGUUAUCGACGACAAGCUGCGCGAAAAGCUGGUCAUCGAGUUCCAGCACAUGAGGAACCAUGCUGUGGAGCCGCUGUCCAACUUUCUGGACUUCAUUACCUACGGCUAUAUGAUCGACAACAUCAUUCUGCUGAUCACUGGCACGCUGCACCAGCGACCCAUCUCGGAGCUGAUCCCCAAGUGCCACCCUCUGGGCAGCUUUGAGCAGAUGGAAGCCAUCCAUGUGGCGUCCACUCCCGCUGAGCUCUACAACGCCGUCCUCGUGGACACGCCACUGGCGCCCUUCUUCGUCGACUGCAUCUCCGAGCAGGAUCUGGAUGAGAUGAACAUCGAGAUCAUCCGUAACACCCUUUACAAGGCCUAUCUGGAGGCGUUCUACAACUUUUGUAAGAACAUGGGUGGUGCCACCGCCGACGUCAUGUGCGAGAUCCUGGCUUUUGAGGCCGAUCGUCGUGCAAUUAUCAUUACCAUCAACUCCUUCGGCACCGAGCUGUCCAAGGACGACCGUGCCAAGCUGUAUCCCAACUGCGGCAAAAUGUACCCCGAUGGCCUAGCCGCUUUGGCGAGAGCCGACGACUACGAGCAGGUGAAGACCGUGGCCGAGUAUUAUGCGGAGUACGCCGCGCUGUUUGACGGAUCCGGCAACAAUCCCGGAGACAAGACGCUGGAGGACAAGUUCUUCGAGCACGAGGUGAAGCUGGACGUGUACGCUUUCUUGCAGCAGUUCCACUUCGGUGUCUUCUACGCAUACCUCAAGCUGAAGGAGCAGGAGUGCCGUAACAUCGUCUGGAUCGCCGAGUGCGUUGCCCAGAAGCACCGCGCAAAGAUUGACAACUACAUACCCAUUUUCUAAGCGCGCUAGAUGAUCGCUAAGCAUUUGGCAUACAAAUAAUAUUACACGUUUUUUUUUCCUGCCUUUCGA